UUGCAACUAUGAAGAAAUCCACUGUAAUUUCAGGAUCGCCAUUUUCACUUUCUUUUCUGUUCACUGUCUUCUUCCUUUUCGUUUCUCUACCUUCGAAUGCAGAUGAUAAAUGGUGGGAAGCGGCCUGUCCUGUGGUGAAGAGAGCCAAUGAGAGAAAAUCACUUCUCAAAACAGAGUACGGCGAGAUCUCCGCCGUUGAUUUAUACGAUGCCUCUCAAUUCGGACCUUACCAUCUUCAGUUCAUUACAAUGGAACCCAACUCCCUGUUUCUUCCUGUUCUUCUUCAUGCUGACAUGGUGUUGUACAUGCACACUGGAAGUGGGAGAUUGAAUUGGUUUGAUGAUGAUGAUUUGAGGGAGGUGGAUUUACGGCGGGGAGAUAUUUUCAGGCUUCAACCAGGCGCCAUUUUUUACAUUCAUAGCAGCUUAGAGACUGAACGUGAAAAGCUUCGGAUGUAUGCUCUGUUUUCCAGCACAGAUGAGGACCCAUUUGAGCCGGCCAUCGGAGCGUACUCCCGUGUCACCGAUCUAGUUCGUGGAUUCGACAAAGAAGUCCUCUGUAAAGCUUUCAUGGUCCCGGAGGAAGUAAUAGAGGAAAUAAUGGACGCGAAGAGGCCGCCGCUGAUUGUCCACGCUGCGACCACUUUGAGCAAGAAGCCGAGGUCGUCAUUGUUGAUGUCGUUGGAAUUAGAAGCUCGGUUCUUGAAAUCUUUCAUAGGGGGAGGCGGGAGUGGUAUGGAUUUCAAUAAGAAGAAGAAGAAGAAGAAGAAAGGGUUGUACAACGUUUUUGAAGCAGACCCAGAUUUUGAAAACUGUAAUGGAUGGAGUUUGACUGUAACUAAGAAAGUCUCCCAUCAGUUGAAGGGCUCCAACAUUGGCUUCUUCGUAGUCAACCUCACAGCGGGCUCAAUGAUGGGUCCGCAUUGGAAUCCAAGGGCGUGGGAGAUUGGGAUUGUGACGUCGGAGGAGGCAGGGGUGGUUCGGGUGGGGUGUUCGAGCAUGACGAACAGUUCAAUAUGCAAGAAAUGGAGUUUUGUAGUAGGUAAAGGUGAUGUGUUCGUGGUGCCAAGGUUCCAUCCAAUGGCGCAGAUGUCGUUCAACAAUGGGUCGUUUGUUUUUGUGGGAUUUAGCACGACGAACAGGAAUAACCUGCCACAGUUCUUGGCUGGACGUAGCUCGGUGUUGCAAACUGUGGACAGGGAAGUGUUGGCGUGGUCGUUUGAUGUGAAUGUGACAACGAUUGAUCGGUUGUUGGGAGCUAGAGUUGAGUCAGUCAUAUUGGAGUGUACUUCUUGUGCUGAAGAGGAAGUGAGGAAAAUGGAGGAGGAAGCUGAGAGAGAGAGACAAGAGGAGGAGGAGAGGAAGCGGAAAGAGGAGGAGGAGAGGAAGCGGAAAGAGGAGGAGGAGAGGAAGCGAGAGGAGGAGGAGGAGAGGAAGCGAGAGGAGGAGGAGGAGAGGAAGCGAGAAGAGGAGGAAGCAAAGAGAGAGGAGGAGAGGAAGCGAGAAGAGGAGGAAGCAAAGAGAGAGGAAGAGAGGAGGAGAAGGGAAGAGGAAGAACGGGAGAGGGAAGAAGAGGAAGCAAGAAAAAGGGAAGAGGAAGAACGGGAGAGGGAAGAAGAGGAAGCAAGAAAACGUGAGGAUGAAGAACGGGAGAGGGAAGAAGAGGAAGCAAGAAAACGGGAGGAGGAAGAACGGGAGAGGGAAGAAAGGGAGAGAAGGGAAGAGGAAGAGGCGGAGAGGGGAGAAAGGGAGGCAGAGAGAGAGGCAGAGGAAGCUAGGGAGAGUGAGGAAACACGUCGAAGAGAGAGAGGGAGGAGACGCAGAGAGGAGGAGGCAAGAAAAAGGGAAGAGGAAGAAAGGGAGAGGGAGAGAAGGGAAGAGGAAGAGGCGGAGAGGGGAGAAAGGGAGGCAGAGAGAGAGGCAGAGGAAGCUAGGGAGAGUGAGGAAACACGUCGAAGAGAGAGAGGGAGGAGACGCAGAGAGGAGGAGGCAAGAAAAAGGGAAGAGGAAGAAAGGGAGAGGGAGAGAAGGGAAGAGGAAGAGGCGGAGAGGGGAGAAAGGGAGGCAGAGAGAGAGGCAGAGGAAGCUAGGGAGAGUGAGGAAGCACAUCGAAGAGAGAGAGGGAGGAGACGCAGAGAGGCGGAGAGAGAGGCAGAAGAAAGACAGAGAAGACGCAGGGAAGAAGAAGAAGAGCCAGCACUAAGAAUUCUGAGACAACAAACGUAACUCAAAGCCUUCAACGUCGUGGUAUCAUCAACCUAUCAUCAAACCUAGCUCCAAUGAAUAAGCGCACAGAAAUGUGAGGGAGAGACAGUGAGAUGAAAAAGAGACAAAAAUGCCACAUUUUGUGUUUUUAACGUUGUACUGAAAUGUAAGUUGCUAAUUUUUGUUAUGAAGGAACCCCACGUUCUUGAAGAUCAA